GGGGCUGCGGAGCGGACGGCGCUCACGCGGGCGAGGGCCAGUGGGCGCCCCAGCUCCGCCCCUCGGCCCGCAAGCCCGCCUCUCACGCCCGCCCGCAAACCUGCAGCAGCGCGUCCCGGCCCGCGCAGGUGCGGCGCAGGUGGAGAGCAGUUUGGGAGAGCCUGAGUGGAGCCCAGCUGCGGUUGCCCAGCAUGGAUGACUACGCCGUCCUGAGAGUGAUUGGGGAGGGCUCCUUCGGCAGAGCUCUUUUGGUUCAGCAGGAAAGCAGCAAUCAGAUGUUUGCCAUGAAGGAAAUAAGGCUUCCCAAGUCACUCUCUGAUACACAGAAUUCUAGGAAAGAGGCUGUUUUGUUAGCCAAAAUGAAACACCCCAAUAUUGUCGCCUUUAAAGAAUCCUUUGAGGCUGAAGGACAUUUAUAUAUUGUGAUGGAAUAUUGCGAUGAAGGAGAUCUAAUGCAAAAGAUUAAACAGCAAAGAGGGAAGUUAUUUCCUGAAGAUAUGAUACUUAAUUGGUUUACACAAAUGUGCCUUGGAGUAAACCACAUUCACAAGAAACGUGUGCUACACAGAGAUAUCAAGUCCAAGAACGUCUUCCUCACUCAAAAUGGAAAAGUAAAAUUGGGAGAUUUUGGAUCUGCACGUCUUCUCUCCAAUCCCAUGGCAUUUGCUUGUACAUAUGUGGGAACACCUUAUUAUGUGCCUCCAGAAAUUUGGGAAAACCUGCCUUAUAACAAUAAAAGUGACAUCUGGUCCUUGGGAUGCAUUCUGUAUGAACUCUGUACCCUUAAGCAUCCAUUUCAGGCAAACAGUUGGAAAAGCCUUAUCCUCAAAAUAUGUCAAGGGUCCGUCCGCCCCCUGCCAUCUCAUUAUUCCUAUGAGCUUCAAUACCUUGUCAAGCAGAUGUUUAAAAGGAAUCCUUCUCAGCGCCCUUCAGCUACUACUCUGCUCUCCAGAAGCAGUUUAGCUCGGCUAGUCCAGAAGUGCUUACCCGCUGAGAUCAUUACAGAAUAUGGAGAACAAAUAUUAGAUGAAACCAAAAUGUGUAAACAUAAUAUGCCAAGAAAAAACGAUCCCAGCAGAAUGAUGAAAGCUUUGGGAAAUGAAAUGAGCAUGAUGCAAGAGGAAGAAAAAGAUAGAAGUAACCAUCCCAAUUUCGAAAAUACUAAUACAAAUUUGGGUGAAAGUGCAUUAAGGAGCAGAGGAAAAAAAGAAUCAAGUAAUCUGUCAGUCCAUUCCAUGAAAGCCAGUUCACCAAGCCCUCAGAGGCGGCAGUGGGAGAAAAAUGUAUCUAGUACAACUCUUAAAGCUUUGGAAAAUGCACCCUUACUCACCUCCAGCUUAACUGCAGAGGAUGAUAGAGGUGGUUCUAUAAUAAAGUAUAGUGAAAAUAAUACCCGUAAGCAGUGGCUCAGAGAGACCCCUGACACCCUGUUGAACAUCCUUAACAAUGCCGAGCUCAGUCUGGCGUUUCAAACGUACACGAUAUACCGACCAGGUUCGGAAGGAUUUUUGAAAGGCCCCCUGUCUGACGAAGCAGAGGUAUCAGACAGUGUUGAUGGACACAGUUCUGUCACUUUGGAUCCAGAGAGACUUGAACCUAGGCUGGACGAAGAAGACACGGACUUUGAGGAAGAUGAUGACCACCAUGAUUGGGUGUCAGAACUGAGGAAGCGAACCGAAUGGCAGGGUGUGUGCCACGGAUAACGCCUGCCGGACAGAAUGUGUUGGAGUGCCCCGGGAGAGGUGUUUCAUUCACAUGAGGAAUUCAUGUUUGGAAUAGAGCGAAGAGGGGAGAACUGCUGAUGCUUAAAAAGGCCCCUGACUAGCAUCACAGUUUAAGAAAAUCUGGAACUCCUAUGAGUGAGCAUAAGUGAGAGGGUUCGGCCGAUGGGUAUGAGAUUUGCAGUCUGAUAGAACAGAGACUGGAUGCUAGCUCUUCCACUAACUGGUUGUGUGAUUGAUUGUAGGAAAUUACUUAAUUUCUUUGAGCCCCAAUUUCCAUAAUUUUAAAAUGAGGAUAAUGAUGCCUACCUCGCAGGGAUACUGACCACAGACAAUUAUAGCAGCUCCUAUGUUAAUGAUUCCUGUUGCUACAACUUCUGUUUAUUACCAUGUAACACUUUCUACAUUUCCUAAAGGUUUGCAAAUCUAAAUACA